AUGGCGCAGCGACGCGAGGUCCGCUGCCAGAGCCCUCCGAGUCCCAGCUACUACGGCUCCUACAGCGGAGACCGCUUCGGUGGUGGGAUCGGACGCAGGGUGGGAAUCGAUGAGAGGGAGGUGCUGCCGCUCCCAGGAACGGGUGUUGUGCGCGUCGCGACCUUCACCGAGACUCACGAGAGGCUCAGGGAGUGGGCCACAGCCGAAAACUGGAAGCACGCCACGGAAAUGCAUAAGUCGGCGUACUUCACCAGAACUACGAAUGAGAUCCAAGAGAGCGUCUUGGAGCAUGUUCGCCAACAUUAUUGCAGCACGCCAUACGUCGCGGAGAAGCCCAUUACAAUGGCCUUGUUUCGCCUCACAGACACUGAGGAGUUCGAGAAGAAUCGUUGCAAUCGGAGGCUGCAGCAACUGCCCAUGGUGGUUCACGGCGUUUUCGAUGAGGCAGUCGAGCCAUGCAUUGUUGACUUUGCGAACAAACGCUUGGGCGGAGGCUGGCUGAGCUACGGGUGUGUUCAGGAAGAGAUUCUUUUCAUUGAGCGGCCUGACUUUGGGGCAAUGUGUGCGCGCAGCCUACUGGAGAUGCCCGAUCCUACAAAGGAGCCUUUGGCCAGCCCCUUCUCCAUGGAGCCCAACGAGGCCUGGGUCCUGCGCGGGGCUCCCCGCUUUGCGAAGAUCGGCUGGUACGGCCGGGCGCCCAAGGAUGCGCUGACGAAGGUGAGGCUCCUGGACCCCGAAGAGGAUCGGAGAACCGCCCCAACAGUCGUGGCCAUCGAUGCCAUCAAGGCCAGCUUUGAAGUUUACAGCCCGGAGCACCUGAAGCUGAUGCUCCGAAAGGCUUAUACCGGCUUCGUGGCUGUCAAGGAGGAUAAGAUGCUCGGGGAGCUCGAGGUGAGCACCGGCAGCUGGGGCUGCGGAGCAUUUUUCAACAGCGAGCCGGUGAUGUUCGCCAUCCAAGCCCUGGCAGCGAAUGCCGCCGGGGUUCGCUUGGUGUAUCAUACCUUGGGUGAUGGACGACGCUUGGCACCUGCCUUUGAGCUGCUGGAAGAUGCAAUGGUUCGCAAGCUGACGGUCGCCGAGGCCCUGGAAGCCUUGGCUGAGAGAAUUGUAGACGUCAAGCGCACGGCCCUUGCAGAUGGCAACAUGGCCAGAAGUGCCAUAGGCGAGGAGGCAGCCACGCACGCGACCGCGUCAAACUGCGUCGGAGGUGUCAUAAUUGGCGCCCGCGGCGUGAACCACAAGCGCUUGCAGGAAGCCAGUGGUUGCCGAAUCUUCAUUCGGGGGAAGGACAUCGGCGACAAAUGGCAAACCGAUGAGGAGCUGCACAUGCCCCAACAUGUUCACAUCGAGGGGGAUACUGAAGAGCAGAUUGAGACGGCCACAAAUCUCAUCAUGCCGCUUCUCAACCCAGAGAGCCCGGAGUUUGAGUACGCCAGGACCCACGGCAUGCAGCAAGUGGCGAUUGUCAACGGCUUCACGCUGAAGAAGACGGAGCAGCGAUGUGGGGUGUGUGGAGCCCUUGGGCAUCUAGGUUUUGAUUGCCCAGAGACGGAGGCCUUCAGCUACAAGAUGGCUGAUGUCAAGUGCACCAUCUGCGGCGAUCGGGGGCACGUGGCCUCUGACUGCAAACAAGCGGCCGAGCAGCAUAAGAAGGACCGCAAUUUGGCACUGAGAGGAACCAUGGGCUGCCAGGGGCCCUUCCCCGCAAAGGUCUCUUCUGAGAUGAGGAAAAUCAUCGUCGUGCGCCAUGGGGAGAGGCUGGAUGAAGCGGACCGGGAGGCAUGGAGGAAUCUGCGGACACACGACACGCAAUAUGACCCUCCCUUGACUGCCACAGGCUGGAAGCAGUCGAGCGGCGCCGGCAAGCAGAUCUUGCAGGACUUGCAGCGCACGUCCACGCCAGUGGCUUGCAUCUACAGCAGCCCGACGUCGCGAACCAUGGCCACGGCGGCGGCCAUCGCGAAGGAGCUCAAGGCACCGGGGGUCACCCCGGCAUAUGGCCUCAACUGCUGCGCCGCGGCGAAGAUGGUCGGGGUGGCCUCACGCUACUUCGGGCGCCCUGCGGACGAAGCCACCAUGAGAGGGGUUCCGGUGUCCUGCUGGCCACCCGUGGGUGAUGUGGAAGAGGUCCACAAGAGAAACCGGAGCUCUCACGGAUUUGUGGACACCGUGCAGGAACUGGCAAGCGCGCACGCUUGCGGCGAGGCCGUCGUAAUGGUCACCCACAGGGAAGGCAUCUGGGAGGUCUUGAAGCACCUCCACAUGUCACCAACGGGCAAGUACUGCAGCACGCACUACUUGCAGUACGACCACGACGCGAAGAAGAUCCAGCUUUGGAACCCCGAGGAUCACGUCGCGGAGUCGCCGACCGGCUUGGAGACGGCUGUGGCGACGUUGCGGAUUGGGUCAGAUGAGUCUCCCACCACGCCGGCGAAGGGGAAGGGGCGUGUUCUCCUGGAGCUGCCAGGCUGCAGUGAGCGUCUAUGGCAGACCCCGGGCGUUGCAGGGCUUUGGGUCGAGGGCGCAGCGACGGUGGCGACGGGGGAGGUGGUUGAGCUGCUGAGCAGCCCACAGGCCAGCGAAGGAGAAGCUGGGGAUUUCGUCUUCAUUCGGAAAGACAACGGCAUUGAAGGUUGGACCCCUGCAAAGCACCUGAAGCCGAUCUUGACGUUCGAUUGA